AUGUCUUGUCUCUUCUGUCCACCAUUUCUUCAGUUACUUCUGUUUAUACCAACUGAUGAGUGCUGUCUUAGCAGGGCCAAAGGGACAUCAUUAAUUAUAUUUGCUCCCUUUCCCUCUUUCUCGACUGUAUUAUCUCUUUCUCUCUAUAACUUGCAUCCACUCUUCUUUCUUUUCUUUUAUAAUUCCCUCUCUCUUUCUUUCCAUUUCUCUACCCUUGCUCCCAGCCCCUACCAACUUCAUUUUUCAUUACUUAGGAAGAAAAAUUUAUUCACCUCUUAUAUGUCUAUCCGUCCAUCUAUCUCUCUUCGCCUGUUCAUAUCUACCUGUCAGUCUUUUGAUCUAUCUAUCACAUGUUCGUAUCUAUCUCCUUUUUCACAUGUUCGUAUCUAUCUAAUUUUUCACAUGUUCGUAUCUAUCUAUCUAAUUUUUCACAUGUUCCUAUCAAAUCUCUCUAUCUCCUUUUUCACAUGUUCGUAUCUAUCUAUCUAUCUCCUUUUUCACAUGUUCGUAUCUAUCUAUCUAUCUCCUUUUUCACAUGUUCGUAUCUAUCUAUCUAUCUCCUUUUUCCCAUGUUCGUAUCUAUCUAUCUAUCUCCUUUUUCACAUGUUCGUAUCUAUCUAUCUAUCUAUCUCCUUUUUCCCAUGUUCGUAUCUAUCUAUCUAUCUCCUUUUUCCCAUGUUCGUAUCUAUCUAUCUAUCUCCUUUUUCCCAUGUUCGUAUCUAUCUAUCUAUCUCCUUUUCCCCAUGUCUAUAUCUCUAUCUAUCUUUUUUUCCCCAUGUUCUAUCUAUCUAUCUAUCUAUCUCCUUUUUCCCCAUGUUCGUAUCUAUCUAUCUAUCUCCUUUUUCCCCAUGUUCGUAUCUAUCUAUCUAUCUUUCUUUCCCAUGUUCGUAUCUAUCUAUCUAUCUAUCUAUCUUUUUUUUCUUCUCUAUUAUCGUAUAUAUCUAUCUAUCUAUCUAUCUAUCUAUCUAUCUAUUUUCCCAUGUUUGUUCUAUCUAUCUAUCUAUCUAUUUUCCCAUGUUCGUAUCUAUCUAUCUAUCUCCUUUUCCCAUGUUCUAUCUAUCUAUCUAUCUCCUUUUUCACAUGUUCGUAUCUAUCUAUCUAUCUCCUUUUCUAUCUGUUCGUAUCUAUCUAUCUAUCUAUCUCCUUUUUCCCAUGUUCGUAUCUAUCUAUCUAUCUAUUUUUCCCAUUUCGUAUCUAUCUAUCUAUCUAUCUUCCCAUAUAUCUUUCAUCUAUCUAUCUCCUUUUUCCAUGUUCGUAUCUAUCUAUCUAUCUCCUUUUUUCUGUUCGUAUCUAUCUAUCUAUCUAUCUCACAUGUUCCCAUCUAUCUAUCUAUCUAUCUAUCUAUCUAUCUAUCUUUUCCCAUGUUCAUUCUAUCUAUCUAUCUAUCUCCUUUUUCUUUCCCAUCUAUCUCUAUCUAUCUAUCUAUCUAUCUAUCUCCAUUUUCCCAUGUUCGUAUCUAUCUAUCUAUCUUUUUCUAUCGUAUCUAUCUAUCUAUCUCCUUUUCCCCAUCUAUCUAUCUAUCUAUUUUUCCCAUGUUCAAAAUCAUCUAUCUUCUAUCUAUCUAUCUAUCUUUCUUCUAUCUAUCUAUCUAUCUUUUUCACAUAUCUAUCUAUCUAUCUAUCUCCUUUUUCAUGUUCGUAUCUAUCUAUCUAUCUCCUUUUUAUCUAUCUAUCUGCAUCUAUCUAUCUAUCUAUCUAUCUUUCCCCAUGUUCGUAUCUAUCUAUCUAUCUCCUUUUCAUUCAUGUUCGUAUCUAUCUAUCUAUCUAUCUAUCUUUCCCCAUGUUUAUCUAUCUAUCCCUUUUCACAUGUUCGUAUCUAUCUAUCUAUCUAUCUUUCUCCUUUUAUCCCAUCUUCGUAUCUAUCUAUCUAUCCUAUCUCCCUAUCUUCGUAUCUAUCUAUCUCCUUUUUCCCCAUGUUCGUAUCUAUCUAUCUUUUUUCUAUCAUGUCUAUCUAUCUAUCUCCUUUUUCCCCAUGUUCGUCUCUAUCUAUCUAUCUUCUAUCAUGUUCGUAUCUAUCUAUCUAUCUAUCUUUCCCCAUCUAUUCUUUCUAUCUAUCUAUCUAUCUAUCUUUUUCCCCAUGUUCGUAUCUAUCUAUCUAUCUAUGUUCUAUCUUCUAUCUCCUUUUUCCCAUGUUCUAUCUAUCUAUCUAUAUCUCCUUUUCACAUGUUCUUCGUAUCUAUCUAUCUCCUUUUCACAUGUUCGUAUCUAUCUAUCUAUCUAUCUAUCUCCUUUUUCACAUGUUCGUAUCUAUCUAUCUAUCUAUCUCCUUUUUCACAUGUUCGUAUCUAUCUAUCUAUCCCAUGUUCACAUGUUAUAUCUAUCUAUCUAUCUAUCUACUCUUUCCCCAUGUUCGUAUCUAUCUAUCUCCUUUUUCACAUGUUCGUAUCUAUCUAUCUAUCUAUCUCCUUUUUCCCAUGUUCGUAUCUAUCUAUCUAUCUCCUUUUUCCCCAUGUUCGUAUCUAUCUAUCUCCUUUUUCCCCAUGUUCGUAUCUAUCUAUCUCCUUUUUCCCCAUGUUCGUAUCUAUCUAUCUAUCUCCUUUUUCACAUGUUCGUAUCUGUCUAUCUCUUUUUUCACAUGUUCGUAUCUGUCUAUCUCUUUUUUCACAUGUUCGUAUCUGUUUAUCUAUCACCUAACCUAAGUUUACUCUCUAUUGUUUUUUUCUUUGUGAUUUUUUUUCCUUUCUUUUUCUUUGAUGCAAUCAACACCCACCCCCGCCCGCAUCUUUUUCUGUGUCCCCCCACCCCGAUGCUUUUCGUACACCGAAAACUCGGCUCAUUUCCUCUUUUUUGUCUUUUUUUUUUUCCUACCGCAAUUAACAUGAGGGGAGGCACACCCUGCCUGUUCAUCAGAUUUCUGACCCCAUGCCUGCUUCUUUUUAUUCACAUAUUCCUACCCACUCCCUACAUAUGCCUGCGUGAGUAUCUGCAUCUCUCUCUCUCUAUCUAUCUAUCUAUCUAG